UGUUACCAACCUGUCAUGCUUUUCGUAACCACGCUUAUAUUAUUAUUUGUAUUUGACAAUAUAACUUGCUUCCUUUACGAUACUAAAAUCAUCGGUGGAUAUGAGGUUAAAAAUAGAUCGGAUUUUGCUUAUCAGGCUUUGCUUCUCUACAAAAACGCACCUUAUUGUGGAGGGACAAUAAUUGACAAAAAACACAUUUUAACUGCUGCUCAUUGCUGCAAUCCCGAGGAAGGCCUAAUAGUGAAACCAUCAGAAAUGACAGUUGUUAUAGGAAAUUUGGAUUUAUACUCGUAUGAUAAGCUUUGUGUCAAAAAAGUCCAAAAUAUUUUUAUUCACGAAGGAUUUAAUUUGAGUGCAAUAACAAACGACAUAGCUGUGAUACGACUUGUAGAUAAUCUCGAAUUUUCGAAAGACAUUCAGGCUAUAAACUUAACAAUAGACCACUUAAGUUCUGGCAAUUGUAACGUAUCAGGAUGGGGAACCACAUUUGUCGGGUCGAACUUAAUGAAUUCAAAGUUACUUUACGCUGAUGUACCUAUAGUUGAAUGGAGCUUAUGCAAGACUAUUUUAAAAAGGUGGAGAGUAGAAUUAGGAGAAAAUGAAGUUUGUGCUGGAGGAAAUACAAAGGAUUCGUGUCAAGGAGACUCGGGGGGACCUUUAGUGUGCUCUGGACAAUUAACAGGAAUUGUUUCGUAUGGCAUAUCCUGUGGGAUUCAAUAUAUACCUGGAGUUUACACAGAAGUGGCCAAAUACACAAAAUGGAUCGAAAAGCAAAAAACAAGAUCAACAAGCCCAAAAGAUGAAAUCAAUUUAGCAUUAUUUAUAAUGCUAUUUUUUGGAGUUUUUGUUAAUUUGUGACGAUAAAGUUUGUAGAAACCUGUAAAUGUUUUGUAAUAGUAGUGUUUCAUAAUAAAAUAACACAAUUUUAUUUGUGAAGGCAAUAAUAAAGUUAAAUAUCAAUUUUU